GGGGGCGGCGUCUCCGAGUUCCAGGGCCCUUUGCACUCGCCGUUGGACUCUACGCGCAGCACCCGGCACCACGGCCUGGUGGAGCGGGUGCAGCGGGAUCCACGCCGGAUGAUGUCCCCCCUUAGACGAUACGUGCGCCAGAUCGACAGCUCUCCCUAUGGACCGACCUACCUGUCACCUCCACCAGAGCCCAGCUGGAGGAGGACCAUGCCCUGGGGUAACUUUCCUAUGGAGAAAGGACAUUUGUUUAGGCUGCCGUCGGCUCUGAACAGAACAAAUUCUGACUCUGCACUUCACACGAGCGUGAUGAAUCCCAACCCCCAGGACGCGUACCUGGGCCCCUCGCAGGGUGCCCCGCCGCCCAGCCGCAGGACCGGUUUUCUGGACGGAAACACAGACAGCAAAGUGUUUCUUUUCCAAGUGCCUCCCAUCGAAGAGAACUUUGACGACAACAAGCAUUCACUGAAGCCCUGGGACACCAAGAAGCUCUCGUCAUCCUCAGCCCGUCCACGGUCCUGCGAAGUCCCUGGGAUCCACAUAUUUCCAUCCCCAGAUCAGCCUGCCAACGUCCCCCUGAUCCCCUCGGCCCUGAACACGGGCGGCUCCCUUCCUGACCUCACCAACUUGCACUUCCCCUCCCCGCUGCCCACUCCCCUCGACCCGGAUGAGACUGCCUACCCCAGCCUGAGCGGGGGGAACAGCACCAGCAACCUGGCGAACACCAUGACGCACCUGGGCAUCAGCAGCAGCAUGGGACUGGGGACAGGCUACGACUCGCCAGGACUUACCUCACCUAUGCAGAGCUCCCUGAGUAACCCGUCCUUGCAGUCCUCGCUUAGCAACCCCAACCUGCAGGCCUCCCUGCGAAGCCCCUCGCUCCAGUCCUCCCUUAGCAACCCCUCGCUGCAGUCCUCGCAAAGCAGCUCCUCCAUCCCCUCGUCGCUCUCCAACCAGUCCCUGCCCUCCUCGCUCUCCUCCUCGCUCAGCAACCCGUCCCUCCCCACGUCCCCCCGGGACUCCCCGCCCGGCAUCUCCAAGGAGAUCGCGACGGCGCUGGCCGGGGUGCCCGGCUUCGAGGUGGACACGUCGGCCCUGGGCCUGGAGGAGGAUCUCAAAAUCGAACCACUCACCCUGGACGGACUGAACAUGCUGAGCGACCCCUACGCCCUGCUCACGGACCCGGCCGUGGAGGACUCCUUCCGCACGGACCGGCUGCAGUGAGCGGGCGCCCGGGAGAGACUCCGCGAGCAUCGC